AUAUAUAUAAAAACGUCACCCCGACCCCAUAUUUUUAUAUGCUGAUGGAAAGAGAAUAUUAGUUGCCAAGAAAAGGAGAGAGGGAGAGAAUAUUGAAGAAGUCACCACCCUUCUUUCCACCAAAAUCCUUCUUCCCACCUCUCUUUCCAUCGAUCUGUGUGUGUUUCCGUGCGCGAAAUCAUCUUAAUACUUUGAUUCCUUUUUCUUUUUUUUUUUUGUUCUCAUUUCGCUUUCGUGUCUGGAUAAUUUAUAGGGUGAAGCGCCCGCGAGAGGAGACGAGGUCGGUCUCGCUCUCGCCCGAGCUCUGUUUUCAGAUCUCGGCUCGCGGGGAAACCCUAACUCUAGAAUUGGAUUGGAGGCGUUGUGUUCUCCAUAUGUAUGUGCUUCUCGAUCUCCAUCGUGCUCCGGGAUUUGUUUACUUAGGGUUUCGAGUGCUAGGGUUUUAGUAGCAGGGGACAUAUGGGGGGGCUCGAUGGAGAGGGUGGGGUUUCGGAAAACCCUAACCCUAACGACGAUCUCACAGAAUUGGGCGCUGGUGCUGCAGAUAAUGCUCGCUUUGAUGCAUCACAGUAUGCAUUCUUCGGUAAGGAGGCCAUGGAGGAAGUUGAGUUAGGGGGUUUAGAAGAUGAUGAUGGUGGUGAUGAUGCUGGACUUAUUAGGCUUGAUGAUGAGGAAUACCGUUUUAGUUCUAUUGGAGAUAGAGAAGAGGUUGAAGGUUUGGGAUCUUUAUCUGAUAUAGAUGAUCUUACGAGCACUUUUGCCAAGUUGAACAGAACUAUUAGUGACCCAAGAAGUGCUGGGGUUAUUGGUGAUAGAAGAUCUUUUUCUAGAGAAAGCUCUUCAACUGCAGACUGGAUGCAGGAGGCAGAUUUUUCAAACUGGAUUGAUGAGAAUAUAUUAGAUGCUGAACAUUUUCAGGAUGGUAAACGAUGGUGGUCACAACCACGUCCUUCGUCAUCUCGUCUUUCAGAAUCAAAAUCCCUGUAUAGAACAUCCUCAUAUCCUCAACAACAGCCACAACAACACUCCAGUGAACCAAUUCUUACACCUAAAUCAUCUUUCACAUCCUACCCUCCACCUGGUGGACGAUCUCAUAUUUCACCAAACCUCACACGUCAUGCAAGCAUUCCAUCCCUAACUGCUGGGCUUCAGAUGACUCCUCCAAAUCUCUCACCUUUUUCUGGUCCACAACAUCAUUUGGCAGGACUAAUGCAUGGAUUGCAUUAUGGUGGAAACAUGUCUCAAUUUGCCUCUCCAGGCCUCUCUUUUAAUAACCGGCCGCAGCAUCACUGGUUAAAUCAAGCCAGCCUAUUUGCAGGGGAACAUCCAAAUCUGCUGCCUAACUUCCUACAGCAACAUUUGCCACAGCCAAAUGGCUCAGUGCCUUCACAACUACUUCUGCAGCAGCAACAGCAGAGAGUGCAACAGGUCCAACCAUGUCUGCCUCAUUUUUCUCGCUUGCAGUCUCCCUUAGUCAGCUCCCAUCCUCCGGAAAUAAUGAAUAAGCUUGAUGCAGUUCUUGGUAUAUCUGACUUGAGAGACCAGAGAUCUAAACCAUCACAAAGAGGAAAACAGAACAUGCGGUUUCCUCAACAAUCUUCUGAUACCAGCAGCCAGAAGGGUGACAAUGGGUGGCCACAGUUUAGGUCCAAGUACAUGUCAGCUGAAGAGAUUGAAAGCAUUUUGAGAAUGCAGAACGCUGCAACUCACAGCAAUGAUCCAUAUAUAGAUGAUUACUAUCACCAAGCUUGUCUUGCAAAAAAGUCUGCUGGUUCAAGGCUGAAGAACCAUUUCUGUCCAACAUUUAUUCGAGAUCUGCCUUCUCGGGCAAGAGCUAAUAAUGAGACACAUGCAUUUCUUCAGGUUGAUGCACUUGGGAGGGUUGCAUUUUCAUCCAUUCGUAGGCCUCGCCCUCUCCUUGAAGUUGAUCUGCCUUCAGCCUCAGGUGAUGGCGUCCAUGAACAGAAAUCUUCAGUAAAGCCCCUUGAACAAGAGACGAUGCUGGCAGCUAGAAUCACCAUUGAAGAUGGUCUUUGCCUCCUCCUUGAUAUAGAUGAUAUUGACCGGAUGUUACAGUUUAGCCAACCACAAGAUGGUGGCUUCCAGCUGAGACGGAGGAGACAAGUCCUUUUGGAAGGCCUUGCAGCAUCUCUUCAGCUCGUUGAUCCACUUGGCCCAGUUAAGGCUGGUCACUCAGGUGGGCUUGCCCCAAAAGAUGAUCUUGUGUUUCUUCGCCUAGCAUCUCUUCCUAAGGGCCGGAAGCUUCUGUCACGCUACCUUCAGCUUCUUAUUCCUGGCAGCGAGCUCACUCGGAUAGUCUGUAUGGCCGUUUUCCGGCACCUACGUUUUCUAUUUGGUGGUUUGCCAUCAGAUUCUAGUGCAGCAGAAACAACAAUAAAUCUUGCCAAGACUGUUUCUUCAUGUGUAUGCAGUAUGGAGCUAAGUGCACUCAGUGCUUGCCUUGCAGCUGUCGUUUGCUCAUCUGAACAGCCACCUCUUCGCCCACUUGGGAGUUCAGCUGGUGAUGGAGCAUCGAUGAUUUUAAAAUCUGUUCUCGACAGAGCAACAGACCUUUUGACAGACCCCCAUGCUACAAGCAACUACAGCAUGUCUAACCGAGCUCUUUGGCAAGCAUCAUUUGAUGCCUUUUUUGGGCUUCUUACCAAGUAUUGUCUGAGUAAAUAUGACAGUAUAUUGCAAAUGUUGCUCAUGCAGGCACUUGACACUUCAAUCAUUGGGUCUGAAGCUGCCAGAGCUAUAAGCAGGGAGAUGCCUGUGGAGCUGCUACGUGCGAGCCUGCCUCAUACAAAUGAGCACCAGCGCAAGAUGUUGCUUGAUUUUGCUCAGAGAUCCAUGCCUGUAACUGGUUUUAGCGUCCAUGGAAGUGGCAGUGGUCCUGUGACCUCGGAAUCAGUUCCCGGCUAAUGCACCUGGAAAAAUAAACAGUUUAAUAACAGCAUGCUGUAUGCGAAUUAUCCUUACAUUUCUACAUACCACACAUUUGUGCACCCCCGCCAAGAACUGAAGCAUGGUGGUGGCAUGUGGAACAUAAGCAAAGGAGGGCGUGAAUAUGUGGAAAUCAGGUAAAAUGCUCAUAGCUUUUCUUUCCCUGAUUUUAUUGGAUCAUCAUUUCAACUUUUACUGCCCUGGUGAAUGUUAGUAGUCCCUGCAUGUAUGUAUCCUGUAAGUGCAUCGUGGGAGUUGCAACUGGAAGUUUCUUUCUUCUGGGGAGCUUAAUUUUGGUGCUCUGUGUUGGAACUCCAGACAAAUGUAGUGGGAAUAUAAGUUGUACAGGUUCUGUUACUGGCAGCCUUCCUUUGUCUCUGUUCUUUUGAAAGAGAUGGGAAGUAUGCACAAGGUAGUUCUUUUACGUCAUGCUUUGGUUGGAGAGAGAGAGAGAGAGAGCUUCUCUUAGCUUGUGUAGACUGGACCCAUGGUUGUCACGUGCACUUAUCAUCUGCAAGGUUUGUUUCUUGGCCUUCUGUUUUUCCUCAUUUCAUCUAAUGAAUGUAGCCUCCAAACUUCAAGCUCUGGAUAUUCAACUUUAUUUUAGCGUGGAAGCAACAUGUAUUAUUUCAAGUUGUUUGUUC